AUGGAAAAGAAUAUCCGUGAUGUUUGGGCUCACAAUCUCGAAGAUGAGAUGAAAAAGAUCUCCGAACUAAUCGAAGACUAUCCAUACAUUGCUAUGGAUACAGAAUUCCCUGGCCAAAUUGCAAAACCAUUUGGAUCUUUCAGUUCACAAGAAGAUUACGUAUAUCAGCUCACAAGACUUAACGUAGAUUAUCUCAAAAUCAUUCAGAUCGGUAUAACUCUUGGAGACGGUCAAGGUGGAUAUCCUCAACCAUGUUCCACAUGGCAAUUUAACUUCAAAUUCAACUUAGAUGAAGAUAUGUACACUUCUGAAUCCAUUGAGCUUCUUCAGCAGUCCGGAAUUGACUUCAAGAGAUUCAAUAACGAGGGUAUCUCGCCAUUUGAUUUCACUCAGUUGCUCUACACGUCAGGCCUCGUCAUGAAUGACAGAAUUACCUACUUAACAUAUCACUCAGUCUCUGACUUCGCCUACUUGCUCAAGAUGCUCACCUGCAAGCCACUCCCACCAGACGUCAAGGAUUUCAACGCCCAGCUCAACAUAUUAUUCCCACAUUACUACGAUAUCAAACUUAUCGCAAGCAACAUGGAUCUCAUGGGCGGUGGUCUUCAGGCUCUCGCUAACGAGCUCAACGUUCCUCGUGUUGGUCCAGCUCACCAGGCUGGCUCAGAUGCCUUGGUCACCUUGGAUACGUUCGUUGCUUUGAUGAACAAGUAUUUCGGUGGCAAACUCGAAAACGAAAAAUUCGAGAAUAAGAUCUAUAGCAUCUGA